AUGGAGAAUAUCAGGCGCGAGGUCUUAGCCGCCUAUGAGAGCGAAUAUCGUCGCCUCGCCGACGUGUACGAGGAGAAAACCGAGCGCAUGUGUGUCCUAAACGAGAGGUUGAGACAUGGCGCCAAUGACCGUAAUACCGGUUCCGUCAUGAACACUGACGAACACCGUUCGGCCUUGCGCCGAUUUGAGACUUUAGCAGGGGAGAUAGCGGACCUUGAAAACAGGAUAGACGCGGCACGCGUCCAGCGAACUCCCCGGCAUGCAGAUGAUGUAGAACAGCCUGCCCAGCUCACCGAGCAGUUACUACAGCUUUCCGAUAUGCGCCGUAGGCUCGAGGAGGCUGCUCGGGAGUUCGGGGAGAUCAUGGGACAGGAGCUGCGAGCCGAGCAUGAUAAGCAGGAGAUGGUGGGAGGCCCCGCGCAAGCUGCCAAGCUGGAGUUGAGCAUUCUCGAAGCUUCCACAACGUGUACUGCGAUGCUGCUGCAGCAGCUGAGUGAAAAGAUCAACCGAUGGCGUUUCAUGUCCAGGCAAAUGGCCCCGAGAGUAGCUGUUGUCGACCGUGGCGAGCGUGGUGGAGAGAGUGAUGCCCAGAGUAUCCGCAGCGGGCUUACAAGAGGCUCCGACACUGGUGCGGGCCAUGCUCAGGGUCGUUCAGUAGGCCCCUUUGACGAACCGGGCAUGCUCGUUGCAGACUCGAGUGUUUUUCUCGCAGCCAUGGAAGGCAACGGAGAUAUCGCUUUUGAUGAACCAGGAGUUGUGAUUUUCAGCUGGGCUGGUCGGAACAAUAGCCCUGCUGCUGCUGCUGGACCGGGUGAGCAUUGUGCCCAAUGA